AUGCCAGAUAUAUCAUCAAAUAAUGCGAAAGUCGCAAAACAACGCACUAAGACUUUCACUGGAUGUUGGACUUGUCGAGACCGUCGAGUGAAGUGCGACGAAGAACACCCUCACUGUCGGCGGUGCCAGCGAAGUGGUUGGGAUGGUCUCAAACCCCCCGGGGGCCGCUCUCAUCGGCGCCAGUUGCGAUCCCCACUACCAGAUGCGGACCACGGGUUGUCAUCUGCCGCUGUCACCGCACUGCUGGUUGAGCUGGAUGGAUGUUCGGCGGACGACUGUGCCCAACAACGGGGACCAUUCUCGGUGUUCUCCGUUUCUUCAAGCCCUGACAUGCAAGAUUCAGGCCAUCCUAAUCUCCCCGACUCGGAAUAUGCACCUUCAACCCCAAAUGCGGAAGAUACACAGGGUAUCUCGUUGGACUUGAUUAACUCGUCAGUUGGCGACAGAGAUAGCGAUUUGGCUGCUUCACCGAGACCGACUUGGGAUGGAUUAUCAUCUGCUAUCGCACCGUCCACGUCUGAAUUCCACGAGGAUUCCUGCCCGGUAUUAACAAUGCCUAACAAUCGGGUUGAUGACAUCUCUAUCAACGCAAUUCCUGAUGUCCUUAAUCAUAAAAAGCCCCAAAAUAGGCUGUCAGGUCAGAGCAACUACGGCAGACCUGCAUCAAGUAUCCAGAGACAUGGGACUGAGAUCUCUCUCUGGGACUCCAUGAGUCCAUUAAUUCUCCCAAGACCAGAGACAGAGCUCGUUCAUCACUGGGUUGUUUUUCUCAGCGGAAAUAUGCUCCUAAUCGACACCCCGGACAACGCCUGCCGGACAGUGUUCCUGCCUCUGGCCCUGAAAGGCCUCGAUGCCUCCCCAACAGAGCCGAACAUCCAUCUAUCAAUCUUCCACGCCAUUUGUGCCUCCUCCGCCUUCAGUCUUUCUCUCCUCCGCCACGAUUCGCGAUACCACUCCAUCGCUGUCCACCAUGACCAGCUGGCUCUGCGUCAUUUGCGAGGAAGUCUACAGCGGGCCAGCUGCCUAGAUGAGCCCACAUUAGCUGCUGUUCUCACUUGUAUCACGGCUGAAGCUAUGUCCGGUCGCCGCAGCCGAUGGAGAGCACAUGUCUCUGGAUGCCUUCGUCUCCUGGAGAACGAGGUCCAUGGCGACUGGAUUCGAAGUCCGACUGCUGCUAAAUUGAUCCAAAGUUACUUGUCCCUUUCGUCACUAUGCAGUCUUCCUGUGCCUGGACGGCUCAUGUCGCUUCUCAAUGGCCCCUCCCAUUUACAUAACUACCUAGAACGAUCACAUGGAGUCACAACACCACUGGUCCAAUGCCUCGCUCAAAUUACCUCGCUUGUUGAGUCCCGCACACCGUUAUCCAUCGAAGAACUAGACCGACUUGAACUUCAGCUCUACCUGAACUUCCCAUCCCUGUCCAACCCAGACGCCGCGGGAUCGAUCAUCGUCCAACACGCUCUGAACUCAUUCUACUACGCGACGAUUGUAUACUUCCGUCGCAGUUUGCGUGGCGCACGCUUGUGCGACGUACAGGAUCUGAUUGAGAAAGCAAUACACGAGCUUGAAUCUGUCGAUGCGCUCACGCGUGACAAGGGCGGCUGUUCCUAUAAUUGGGCAAGUUUUGUGGUUGCAGCUGACUGCCAGCGGCCUGACUUGCAAGAUCGAAUGUUGGCAUUCUUUCACCAGAAAAGUCGGCACGGAAUCCAGAGUAUCAAUGUAUUAUCUGAAAUCGUUCAAGCUCUGUGGAACCGGCGGGCAACGGCUGGACCGCACGCCGAUAUACAGUGGCAGGAUAUUGCAAGGGAAGCUGACUUUGACUUCAUGCUUGUUUGA